AUUUUAGGUACAAGAUGCAGCCCGGAAACAGCAUUGAGUGCUGACCUUCACCACAUCCACUUGUACUUAACCUCGGGGCUGUCGACUGGUGCCAGAGAUAAAGUCACCAAGAAUCUGGUCGCUGUUAUGCUGUCAUGUAACUACGAACAUUAUGCUGAGGCUACACAGAACCCUGAAAAUGAGGUUAGAGUUCUUAGAGCAUGGCAUAUAAUUCGAAAACUUAUAGACUUAGUCGUGGACACAAGGAAGGACCGCAUCCUCUUCGCUGCUCGCAUUUGUGUCGACCCUGACUAUGUUCAUCAGGGUGUUUCUACAAAGAUAGCGAAGCUAUGUCUGGAUCUUGGCACCAAGCAGGGCUUCACAUUAGCCUGUGCAAAUGCCAUCAGCCCCAACACCGAUAAAGCAUGCCUUCUUCUGGGGAUCGAGAAUGUCAAAACAGUAAACAUAAACACCCUGGAGGACGGCAUCUUCGACCUCUCCCGCAUGAGCUACAAGAUAUUAAAAAUUUUUACUAAACAACUGGGACCUGAGACAAUACUGUCGUCCAAGUUAUAAACAGGAAUCAGCCCAAACUAACUAAUCGUAAAUUAGCCUCUCUAUUAUAAACUCCAUCUGAAGGGGGCAGUAGGGCAAAAUCUGUAACUCUGUUGUUUACUGUCCGAUUUUCUCCAGUUUUGGUACACAAGACAAAGUCGUUUCACUCUUUCUUGAAAAUAUUUAUCAAAAAUAUACUUCAAAAAACAACUGAGAAAUGACUGAUUUACUGAAAAUGCCCUUGUGGCCAAACUUUCUCUUAUAUGGGACUACGCAAGGUUGUUUGGACACUUGGUGCCGAGAGAACAAUGCUUAUACUAAUAUUCAUUGAGCCCUUUUCUCUAAAUAAACUUAUCUUUAUUUCACAAAAAAAUAAAGUUUGUUAGUUCCUGGAAUAUUGCAAAAAAAUCUGCCCUUUACUCCCACAUAACUCCCAAAGUAUUUGGAAUAUUUCCAAAAUUUGCUCACCAAAAAAAGGAGAAAUCAUUAUUCUACAACUUUUGUGAGUAUUAUAUUCCAUUUAAUUCAGUAAUAAAGCGAGAAGCUUGGCCAUUAGGUGAAUAAGUUACUUCCGAGAUAUCGGCUGAGAGCGCCGGCCGGCCCCGUCUCAAAAAAAAAAAAAAAAAAAUCGCGAAAAUCGCGUUUGUUUGGGUGUAUUUCUUAGUAACUGAUGUUCUAGUGCAGUUAUCCUCUUCAAAACACCGUUUUCUCUUACUCCGAGACGACAUGGAGAGCAGUAACACUUUUAUAUUGAAAUAUUCCCGAUAAUCUCUGGCCAUAUUAUGGCCUAUUUUAUUCAGUCUAGAGUAUAUAACAUGUUUGUAUGUUAUUUAGAGUGUUUAUUAUAUCAUAUUAGAUCAAUUCUGAUAGACAAAUAAGCCGUAGAGUUGAUAUAUAAGCUGAUAUAAGCGUAAUAAUGGGCGAUUCCUGGCUGGCACCUCAGGCGCGGGAACACUGCCAAGCGUUCCCAUCUGGUUCCCGGCUGUCGCUCAGUCUGCGGAUAAGUCCCGCCUACUGUUUUAUGAUGCCAAAUAGUCAGUUAUUAUAUUAGAAAGAAUAAUGCAAGAAAAGGCGAUAAAAAACAAGGAAACAACUCCGAAAUAUAUAUGGGCCGUGAGUAGACUCGGUACCAACAUCGCCGUCACCAUACCUGAUAUAAAUGACUAUAAUUUCUUGUAGAAACGUCGUAGAACAUUCAUUCUGGUACCAUUGUGUUGCCAAAGAGUUGAGCUAUUUUUCAGUAUAUAUAACUCAAUAUCCAUAUUUUUUCGAUUUUUCGGUGAGCGCGCACGGAAAUUUCCCCUACUGCCCCCUGAAGACAUUAUAUCUGCAUUGUAUGACUCUUAUAGUUUUAGUGCUUCUUUUUGCAUGUAAUAAUAAUGAAGAAAUUACAGAUGUUUGUUUAUAACAUAAAUAUGGGGCGUUCACAUUCCUCCAAGUCUUGUCCUUCAUUAGUGAUGGUUACUCCUCGUUCAUGGCUGACAACUUGUGCUGAGUUCUGAGUUAAAAUAUUUUUUCCAAGUUUUUUCUUGCAAGUAAUACAAAGUUAUUUUAUUUAUCUGCAAGAAGGGAUGUUUUGUUCAUUGAUCUUAUUUUAAUUCUUCAAAAGUGACGAAUAAUAUAUUGCAAUGUAUAACUCUGACAACAUUCAUUCAUUACAACAUUACAUUGUGGCAAGUAAUGGAAGUGACAUGAACAAGAUCAUUGAAUCCUUUACUAUUGUUUAGUUUAGUUUCAAUAAGGUUUUUGACCUAUGAGUGACACAGAGCAAGAUCUGUGCAAACUCACUGUUUGUGGUGGGAUUUUGUUAGUAAAAACUUAGUACUAUAUUUUAUUAUAUAUCUAGUUUUAUAUUUUUGCCAUCAAUUUUUGAAGUGUUCCAGUCAUUAAUGUUCUUAUUGUUAUGUCUGUUUAAACUAGUAAUAGUUUUUUGCUGCUUCAUUUAAUAUAAUUUUACUUAAGUAUGACAUGUCUAACAAUUGUUUUAAUUUGUGCCCUGGCUGAUUCUAAAAAAAAUUCCUUUCAGAUUUUUCCUCAUUUCAGGUUA